UAUUGAAAAAAGAAAAAUGCUUCUUGAGUCAUGCUUACAAGAAUUCAGAACAUGAUUCAUGGAAGAAUAUUUUUUAAUUGUUGAACUCUGAAGCAACUUAUGACUGCAUCCAUCACUGAAGGCAUAAGAUACUCUUUAAGGGACACUAGAAGAUACUAGUACUCACGCAUAGACAUGCAAUUGCGUGUCCUUUAUGGUGGCAUAGCCUCAUGCCAAACUUGUCCACAAGGAGACCUUGACCUUCAAUUACUCCCUCAUUGAUUGGCCUUUCCAGUCACUAGUAUUUAGCUUGUGCUUCUUGUAGCCUUGUGAGUGACAAAUUAAAUCCUUGGACUGAGAAAUGGCGAGGAAAUGCUCUCAUUGUGGUUUCUAUGGCCACAACUCCAGGACUUGUAUCAGCACAAGAGGCAUGGCUGGGGGAGGUGGAGUGAGGCUAUUUGGGGUGCAGCUUGAGAAGAGCUUUAGCAUGGAGUGCCUCUCCUACAAUUACCCUUGUGCUCCUUCAGCUUCCCCUUCAACGUCGUCGCUUGGUUCGCUUGAUGAAGCCUAUGAGAAGACGUCUAACGGCUAUCUCUCGGAUGGUCUUGGUGGCCAAACACACGAGAGGAAGAAAGGAGUUUCAUGGACUGAGGAAGAACACAGACUAUUCCUUAUGGGACUAGAGAAGCUCGGAAAAGGAGAUUGGAGAGGCAUCUCGAGGAACUUUGUUACCACAAGGACCCCCACACAAGUGGCUAGCCAUGCUCAGAAAUACUUUCUCAGGCAAAACAGCCUCAACAAAAAGAGGCGCAGAUCGAGUCUUUUCGAUGUGGUUGCAACCUGUGAAAAUACUUCCUUGCCGAGUGACAAAGCUUCUGAGGCUGCUGCAGUAGAUCUGAAUUCAUCAAGCAAAGAGCAAGAAACAAUCCAUCUGCCUUCAUGUCUUCAUCAGAUAUCCAAUUCAUACGUCGACUCGAUCGAAAAUGCUCAUGAUCAACUUUCACAUCUAGAUUUGGAGCUCAGAAUUUCUAGUUCAAGGUCGAAUCUGAGUAACUCAUCGCCUAGAAAUCUAUGCAUUGGAACCAUAAGAGUUAGUUAACUGAGUCUUGGUGGAUGCCUACAUCAACCAGUGUUGCUAAGGAAUCAUGUAAAUGAAGCUUAACCAGCGUUAUCUAGAUCACUUUCAGAUAAGGUGAUGAUUGUUUAACUUUGUCUUGCUGAAAUUAGUACAGUUUGUGGGAGAAGCUAUUUGCAAAUGUAUGAAAGUAAUCUGUCAAGUUAUUAUAUAUAUGAUAAACUUUUAUUGAGUAA